AUGGAAAACAUUUAAGAUGUAGGAUUUAACUCUGAUGAAGUUUAAAAGAUUGCUGAGCAGGCAGUUGAGUAAGUAGUAGGAAAAGAGACAGCAGUUUAUCAAAAAGACAAAGCAAAUGUUUGGACUUAAUAAAUCACAGAUCUUAUAGUCAUAGAGCUUGCCAAAUUGCAAAAACCAUAUAAGUAUGCAGUGACUUGCAUCAUUGCUGAAAAUAAAGGAAACGUAUUGCAUACAGCUUCAACUGCUUAUUGGGAGAUUAAAAAAGAUGGAUUGCUCUCAGUACAAGUUGGAUCUGAAACCUUCUAUUGCAUUGUUACUGUUUUCUCAUCCAGCAUUUGA